AUGCAUCUCUUCCGACGCAUAUUCGCCAACGCCGCUGAAGAUGCGGGACCUCCUCAAGGAACAAGCACCAUUGACCCGGUUCUGCUCGGAGACACGCUCAUCAAGGGACUCAUCAUGGGUCUGGAUCGACAGUUUCGCGAGCACAAAGAGAGCCCGUACAACACUGAGAUCACGCUCAAGUACAUCUUCCACCUGAGCCGCGACAGGGUGCUGCAGGGUCGGAGUACCUCUGGUAGUAAGGAGUUCCAGGACAUCAUCAAGCAGCUCAUCUAUUGCUUCACUCGCGAAGGCUUGGAACGGGCUGUGCGCCUUCUCGACGCCAAUGGCUCGUCCUAA